AUGAUUGAUUUAAAAUUAUCACUUGAUUUUUAUAAUGAAAUUAUCGAUACUAUAAUUUAUGAGAUAUUCGAAUUAGAUAUUCUUUAUGUGAAGAAACCCGUGAAAACAAUAAAAGGAAUAUUAUACACAUGUCGAUAUUUUUAUUAUUAUUUUAGAAAAAAAUUUGCAAUAAGUUUUUAUAAAAAAUUUGGAUUAGAUGAAGAGAUAUUUUCUUCUGAAUGUGUUCGUAAAGAUUGUAAGAAAAGAGGUCAUAUCAGAAAUGAAUUUUUUUUUAAUUUUUUAAGUCUUGGUUUAGAUAUUUGGAAUUUAGUAGAUAUUUAUGGAGAUAAAUACUGUGGAAGUAUUUGGGAUUUGUUAAACGCAUAUAAGAAUGAUAUAUAUGAAAGAAGACCUUCAUAUAGUUGGGAGAAAGAAGUUCCGUAUGUUAUUUUUGAAUCAGUAGAAAAUUAUGGAAUGAAAUAUAUAGAAAAUAAAGAUAUUUAUUUGUAUUUUAUGAAUGAAUAUAAUAAGAAAAUGUAUGAAGUCAAGAUAUUUUUUUAUAAGAUUCAUGAUUAUCAUAGAUAUUAUUUUAAGUAUGAAAGAAAUGAUAUAAAGAUUUUUUCUUUCGAUGGUAUUAUAAAACUUAUGGAUAAUUGUAUUGAAGAUACGGAUUUUAUGAAAGAUUUAUAUAUUGAUAGUGAUCCAAUGAUGAAUGAAGUGAAUAAUAAAUGUGUACAAGAAAAUAUGGAUGAAAAUUUAGGAAUUUUAUAUUUAUAUUAUCCAAAAUUAGAAU